AUGGGCAACGCCCUUGGUCCAAUCUCAAAGGCGGAUGGAUCUAUUCGAUUGUGUGGAGACUUUAGAGUCACUGUCAACCCAGCUCUGAAGACAGAUCAAUAUCCACUACCGAAGCCAGAAGACCUGUUAGCGACUUUAGCAGGACGUCAAUACUUCGGUAAGCUUGACUUGGCACAAGCUUAUCUGCAGGUGCCUCUAGACAAGGAAUCCAGGAAAUCUGUGACAGGCAACACUCACCAGAGGACUGUACCAGUACAAGCGACUACCAUUCGGUAUAUCAAGAGUGCCGGCAAGAACAAGGAAGAACACCUUCAGAAUCUGGAAGCAGUGUUCACUCGCUUGAUUGAGCACGGGUUGAAGCUCAAGAAGAAGAAAUGUUUCUUCAUGAAGUCACAAGUCGAGUACUUGGGUUACGUUGUCAAUGCACAAGGUGUGUACACAGCACCACAAAAGGUGGCAGCUGUAGCUAAAGCACCGAAUUUGGCAUCAUUGACAAGUGCUUUGAAUACAUUGCUGAGAAAAGGGUCUAAGUGGAGGACAGUCUUAGCUCAUUGUGUUUCUGAUGGUAUGGAAAGACCCGCGGCCUAUGCUUUUUGUUUCCUUACGCCAGCGGAGAGAAACUAUGCUCAGAUAGAGGAGGGAGAGUUUAGCCUUGAUACUGAGAGUAAAGAGGUUCCACAACUACGGUAUGUGUACGGAAGAUGUUCACAGGAGCACGGAAAUGCAGAUGCUUUGUCGAGACCAACAAUUUCUGCAAAGCAAGAAGCUGAGACUGGAGCACUAACAGCACAUCUGUUUAACGUACGGCAACUAAAAACUUUAUCUGUGACAAGCAAGGAAAUUGCUCAAGCAACCAGGAAGGACCCGGUCCUAUCUAAUGUCAUGAUGAGGGAAGAAUUUACUAUUGAAGAGAACUGUUUUUUAUGGGGUAUGCGUACCAUUAUUCCUUCAUCAUUGAGAAGCAAGGUCUCAUUGGAGUUACGAAAUUCUCAUCCAGGCAUAUUGAAGAUGAAGUCAUUGGCACGAAUUCAUGUGUGGUGGCCAAACACAGAUGCCAUGAUUGCUGACAUUGAAGUCUUAUGUAGAAUGUCAGUCAAUGGUUUCAAACCCAUCAUCAGCUUUUGUGCAUCCAUGGUCAUGGCGAGUCGAAAUUGGCAAAGAGUUUAUAUUGACUUUGCAAGACCAGUUAUGGGGCGAGUGCUACUGAUAGUCGUGGACACUUGCUCAAAAUGGAUUAAAGUCAUCCCAAUAACUAAACAACAGCAGCCAUGGCCCAAGACAGUGGAAGUUCUACGAAGAUUACUUGCGCAGUUUGGACUUCCUCAACCGAUCGCAUCAGACAACGGUCCUCAGUUCAUUGCAGAACAGUUUUCCACAGUUCUUCGAAUGAAUGGAAUUAAACAUAUCUAA